UUUAACAACAGGCCAGCUGCAGCCGCCAAGCUAUGUAUGCGGGACACUGAUGGCAGAGCUGCCACCAGAAGCAUCUGCAGGAGGUAAUGAUACUUGUGCUGGUCUGUGGGGAGGCUGUCUGCUGCAGUAGCUCUUCAAGAUAUGUUCCCUAUCAGCCUCCCUCGAAUUUCUGCUGGAACCUGCUCUGGCAGCAUUGCUAACGACAUCAUGGCUGGUGAUUUUGCAACAGGCUCCUAUUGCAACCAUCCCUAACCCCCAAAGUGACUGCUGAGGUGCAUACGGCUCCCAGUUUACCAAACACCCCCAAUGUCCAACCUAUCAGACCCCAUCCACUCACCGUACAUAGCGUAGGCUCCCAGAGCCCUCUUUAGAGGAUGUAUUUUGCCAGGUCCCACAAGCUGACCCUUUGGGGUAGGUGGCUCUGCAGAUCACAAAACCACUUUCAUGAGCUCAGUUGUUGUUCAUGUCCGUUCCCCACUAGUUCCUUACUGUACACAUGGAAUAAGACCAGCAAGGCACAGGAGAGCCCCAGACUGUCAGCAGAAAUCAUAGAAUCACAGAAUCACUAGUUUGGAAGGGGCGCACGGGAUCAUCAAGUCCGAAUGUUGUGCCUUGGUGCAGAUCAGCCCCUCUUUGUUUCUGAUCAGUAGAUUAAUUAUUGUUUUACAAAGCAAGCAGCCAGACAAGUCCAUGGGGAACUGUGCACUGAUCACAUGCCAAAUUGUCCCCAUCCUGCACACCCUCCUGGCCCACUGCCUCCACCCCUUGUCUAUAGCAUGUGUGCGCCUGGGGAGAAACAGGAUUUCUGGUACCACUGUUAAAGCUCUGGUAAAUGCUGGAGGAAAAGGAGCUGGGAAUAGUGCUCCAUGCUCCUCCUGUUAAUUUUGUUCAUGGCCAAAAAUCCAGUGAUCUGCUUUCUGUGAUCAGACAGAUUGUGGCUUCUUGCUAUUCCCAUGAGAACCAGGGUCUUCUGAGAAAACACAGCCGUCCCAGUGCUGGCAAGCACCCAGUCAGUAGCACUUCUGUCUGUCCCCACAAGGUCUCCAACGGUUUCAGCUCCUUGGCAGAGGCUACGGCACCCUUGUAUGCAACUUUGCAAAUCUCUUUCCUCCUCUGUGCACAGCAGUGCGGUGCAAAACGCAGAGGUGCAAAACUGGGGGGACUUGUACAACAAUGUGGUGGGGAAAAGUAUCCUUUGGGUAAAAUCAGUGCUAAAUGGGUCACCCCUUUCCCUCCAGCUUGUCCCCCAGCACCAGCCUGCUUACACUGUUUAGCCAGACACAAAUUUCCUGAGGCGCCAGCCACAUGCCUUAAGACUGAGGGAAAGACAAACCAAAAUAAACACGAUGUAACUGGGUGCUUUAGUUUACAGGAAGAGCCUAGCAGCAGCAGGCUAGUUCCCAGAUGAAUCUUCCCUGCUGUAUGAAGCGUAAAUUCAUCAGGUAUUCCAUUCCCUAAAACUAAUCGUGAAUGGUUCACUUUUUAGAAAUAAAGGGUAGAGGAGUUUUUCCCUCUGACAUGGUGAAUGUAAUUACCUAAGGCGUGAGAGGCUGAGGUAACUCAGGUAUUCAGCCCCCUGCUCUCCAAAGAAAUCAUGAUUAUUCUGUCAGAGAGGGCUUUAAAAAACAAUUCACAUCCUGAAUGCUAAAACAUUGCCACGUACAGAGCCCGAUUUCCACACAUCAGCUGCAGCAGCGCAACCAAAGCACACUCAUAGGCAGGGCAGAGUUCAUGAUUAUCAAGGCGGUGUACACCACACAAGCUCCCUGUGUUUGCUGACCCUUCUCCCGGUGCUGUUGGCAUCUUCUUGUCCUUCAGGAGCAAUUCUCAGCAAAGCAAAGCACACUGGCAUCCUGUUAGCAGCAUGUAGACUACGCUGGGGCUGGUGAAGUGUGUACAGGGGAAGAGAAUCUCAAGCAGUGUUUGUUUGGAAAGCUCAAUGAACAAAAAUCAUGAGCCUGCACUUAUCUGAAAAUAUAAUCCCUUUUAGGCUGCACCCUCCACUACCAUUUCAUAAUGGAGAAUGGAGUAAUGACUUUCAGCAAUGCUGUUUGAAUGGCAGAGGUCCAAUUCUAGACUGUGGUUUUUUUACUUCAUUUUUGUUAAUGAUGGGGGGAGAGUAGGUUGGCAGAGGGGAGAAAGCAUCAGGUCGGUUUGUCUGCAAUCCCUAUUUUGCUUUGGGAGCUUUAGAGGACAGACACAUUCUUCCAUCUCUGCUAAUCCUCUUCUGAUACAGAGGAUUUUCCUGCCAUUAAAUGAUAGCUUGUGAGAAAAAAAAACAUUUUUUUCAGAGACCGACUCGUAUGGCUAAUGGCAGCCUCAUGAGCAGUAGGAAGGACACAGCCAUUACCUGGCUUGAUCCCUCAAGUUCACUUGCCAUACCUGAAAUGCCACUAGUGAGUAAUCAAGUGAUCCUUUGGGUCCCCCACGUCCAUGCAGUGUGGGCCUGUGUGCGGUCCUGCCCUGCCAACUGUGUGUGCACCCAGGAGCGGAGCUGCUCUGUCCUCUGCGACCGUGCCGGACUGGGGCAGAUCCCUAGCCAAUUCCCUUGUGAAGCCUCCUCUAUCAACCUGGACAAAAACAGCAUCAAGUUCCUCUCUGAGAGAGCCUUUGGGACCUUGCCUUCCCUCAAAUCCCUGUCGCUCAACCACAACAAUAUUUCCUUCAUCACCCCGGGGGCUUUCAAGGGGCUGCCCAGCCUCACCGAGCUGAAGAUGGCCCACAACGAGUACAUUCGUUAUCUCCACACGCGGACUUUCACUGCUCUCAAACGGUUGGUCAGGCUGGACCUGGCGGACUGCAACCUUUUCAACAUCCCAGACAGGAUCUUCAUCGAGCUGCCUGCUCUGCAGGAGCUCUUUUGCUUCCAGAACAACUUCCGGAGGAUCCCAGGUGCUAUCAGGGGCAUGGAGAACCUGACCCAUGUGUACCUGGAGAGAAACAGGAUUGAAGCAGUAGCUUAUAACUCCUUGCAGGGCCUGACUAGGCUGAAAUACCUGAAUCUGCAGGAUAACAGGAUAAAUGUUGUUCAUGAGAGAGCUUUUCAGGGCUGCCAGAAAAUGGAGUACCUAUACCUAAAUGACAACUUGAUCAGUGAGCUGCCAGAAAACUCCUUUGAUGGCCUGAGGUGCCUGAAGAUGCUUAACCUUGGGGGGAAUUCCCUCAGGAAUGUUUCCAAUACUUGGUUCAGGGACCUCAGGGAGCUGGAGGUCCUCUACCUGGACCGUAAUAGGAUCAGCUACAUUGAGGAAGGGGCUUUUGAAAACCUGACCAGCCUGGUCGCAUUGCACUUGAACAGCAACAACCUGACAACCCUGCCCUUUUCUGUCUUCCAACCGGUGUACUUCCUAGGACGGCUUUACCUCUUCCGCAACCCUUGGGAGUGUGACUGCCGCAUUGAGUGGCUGAAGGAGUGGAUGCAGAACUACAGGCUCGUCAGAGAUAUUCCCUGUGCCUCCCCAUCCUCAGUAGCUGGGAUUGACCUGAUGGAUGUGCUCUAUGAGAGAUCACCAGAAGGUUACUGUCUUGACCCAGAGGAGCUAAAUGUCACAUCUGAAGGUCCCACCCCAAGUGGAGAGCCUUGGUCUACCACGGAGAGCAAGUUCAACAGCCUUAUCUCUAAACUCUUGCUGCAUAUGGGCCUUCCCGAAGAGGUGGCAAACACCACUGAAAUCUUCGGUAAUGUCACACAGCUGGAUGGACUGAUUGAUGGGGUUUCUUCUGGGGUGGGAGAAGACAAUAUUGAAGCUGCCUCCUCUUUUUACCUCUCAGCACUUUUUACAGUGCUUGUUUUACAGAUCAAAUAGUCUAAGGGCUGUCCGGAGUAUGGCUCCUGCUUAAGCAUUUAGUUCCCGUACCUACCUAGUUAUUAGGGAAAAGUUCGUAUAGUGGGCCUCAGAUACGUAUCUGGCUCCAAACUCUUCUGAUCAGGUUCGUUGGAUCUGGCUCCAGAUUCGUCUGGAAGCUGGUGGGAUCCAGCUCAAAACCGAGUGCCACCCUGAGUGAGAAACCUGCCCUGUAGAGUCUCAGAGGCUCCCGGACACUCGGGGAGUUGUGCGGGAGAUGAGCAAAGAAAGAACAGCAGUAAAGCUGAGUUUUGCUUAGAGAUCAGCACCUCCCCAGCUGGGAGUGAAGGGAAGAGGGGUCGGUAUGGCUCGCGGUGCAGUGCUGUUUAUUCCAUUGGGCUAACUCCAGCCGACCCUCUCAAUGACUUCAUGAGAACAAGAAGAAGCAGCAAAACUGGACCCUCUCUUCAUACCCUGACAGACACCCACACCCACAGUGGGUGCUGCUGAAGACUGGUGAGUUAGUUCUGAUUGUCACCACCGUGUGUGGGGGGAGCAGGCCUGUCCUGAGCAGUGUCCAGGAAUGUAACACGAGCCCUCGUGAACAGCAUCUGGGGAGAGUGCCUGCCCCAGGUAGGUCUGUGAUGGGCAUACUGUUUUGGCCACAUCUAUAGACAGGAUUUUGAUCUUUUCUCUAUCCUGGCACAGGUGCCGGAGAAUGAGACAGACCCAUGUCUGUCAAAGCAUUCCUCUCGGAGGCAUAACUGUCUAACCUUAACAAAGUACUUAUUAAGAUCCUUUCAAUGUGUUUUUAUUUUUCAAGGAAUAUAUUGUUUCAAGGAAUAUAUUGUUUCAAGGAAUAUAUUGUUUUUAUUUGUAGAUUACUUCAUGGUAUCACAGGAUGAGCAGAACAUGGUGAUGACAAAUGCAACCAGGAUCUACUAAAUAUUUUUCUAUUAUUUCCACCACUAAUGAGUGCGGCAUUGUGUGUCAUAUUAUGCCAUGCUGACCUACUACGCCAUCAUUUUUUUUUAUAUGGCAUCUUACAUAUUUUUUCUUUGAAAUCAUCAAUAUGACUAGAAAUAAUUAUCAUGUUUCGUGUGACAGAGCACAUUAAUAAAAUAAUUUGAUAUUUUGCCCAGAAAAAUAAAUUAACUACUCAUAAUCCAUUUUUUUUUGAGAUUCUCAAAAUUAUACUGGUGGGGUUUUUUGUAGGCUACUAAAAUAGGUGCACAUGAAUGUCCUUUUUAUGGUCUAGAGCAAAUGGUAAGCUAUUUACUGCAGCAAAAAGAAUAGACACUUUAACUUAGAACAUGACCAUGCUUACGUUCGUGCACUGUAGCAAUGCUUUAAAAAAUAAGUGGCUAUAUAGAGAUACAUUUCUGUGAUACUUUGUCUAUAUAAAAUCAUUAUACAUGGCUUAUCAUACUAUGAUGUAUGUGUUCAUGUGAAAUGAUACAACAUAUACAAUCCUUUAUGACUGCUAAAAUGUCAUGAAAU